AUGAUUCAGGCCCAGAAGAUUCUGCUGCAAUUGAUUCAGCCGCAAGCCAUUCAUCAGCAGGAUGAAUCUGCAGAAGAAGAUUCAGCAGAAGAUGAUUCAGCAGUACUCGAUUGGGCAACAGAGGAUUCAGCAGUGGAAGAUACAGCAGCAGAUGAUUCGACAGCGCUAGAUUCGGCGGCAGAUGAUUCGGCAGCAGAUGAUUCGGCAGCAGAGGAUUCGGCAGCACUAGAUUCAGCGGCGGAAGAAAGAGGAGCACUAGAUUCAGCGGCGGAAGAUACAGCAGCACUGGAUUCGGCAGCAGAGGAUUCGGAAACAGUAGAUCCAGCGGCACUGGAUUCGACAGCAGAUGAUUCGCUAGCACUAGAUUCAGCGGCAGAAGAUGCGGCAGCAGAGGAUUCGGCAGCGCUAGAUUCACCG